AUGACUGCUGCGCCGCCGGUGCACCCUGUCCCAGACAGUGGUAUGAAUGGACCUGCGUCUCUUGCCAAUGGUCUACAACGUUACCAUCCUAUCGCCAUGAAUCCAAACCCUUCACCUCAUCCAGCCAUGCCUCCUCCAGAGCAAAUGGUUCAGAAUCAUCAUUUCCGUCACUUUGCACCACCUUUAUUGCACGAUCAUCAUGCUGGACCCCCGGCUGUACCGCCCACCCCGAGCCCAACCAACAUAGAGCAGAUCGAACAGCGUCUACGGCAAUUGGAACACGAGGAGAUGAGCCGGAUGGCAGCCCGUACUCAUUUGUUGGCGAUACGUAAACGGGAAGAUGAAGAUUUCCGCAGGAUGACAGAAAAUGCUGAAGCAGAAGAAGAGGAUCUUCGAAGACAACGCAAACGGAUCAAGAGAGAGUCUAUGGGCCUGGGACCUAAUGGAGCCGCUGAUUCGCCUCCUCUGCGACCUACACCACCUCGCCGACUGUCAGAGACCAGUGCAGCUACUACACUCGCCUUUUUCAAGCAACAGAGCCCACCAGAACCACGUCAAACUCCUCUUCCACCUGUAUCACAGGCUCAACAAGCUCCUCCUAUGCCCCCACCAGCUCAUCUUCACCACCCAGCCCAUCCUUCUCAUCCUCACCACGCACAUCAGCAACAUCAACCACACCCUUCUCACCAGCAACAUCAGCCUCAUCCUUCUCAUCCUUCUCACCAACCUCACCAUCAAACUACACAACCUCAACCUCCCCACCAAGUAGUCCAUCACGACUCCAUGAACGGCCCAGGAUCCAUCCGCCGCAAGCAAAAAUACACCAUCAAAAACGUCGAAGCAUGGGGUGAGCGUCACGGACGCCCAGCAGCCCACGACCCCUCAGGCCGAGCUCUCUGGAAGCGCCCAUCAGACGGCAGUCUCGUCUACCUAACAUGCCCCAUCCAAGGUUGUAGCAAAUCCGACUUCGUCACCCUCCACGGCUUCAUGUGCCACCUAACAAAAAAGCACAAAGACCGCACACUGGGCAGCCAGUCCCGAGCCCUCGAGCUCUGUGGACUCGUAUACGAUCCCAAUUCACCCCUGCCACCCGUCAAAGCCCACCGCGGCUCAACAGAGAGCGCAACACCAAUGGACCACGACGGCGAAACAGGCGAAGAUUUAGACUCCGACUCUGAAAUGGAAGACGAACACUCACCGGAGUCUUACCGGGUUAAGACUGAAAUGUCGGAUCGCCCUUCAGACGCACACGAUAUGCCCGCACAACACGAUAUGUCUCCUGUGCCUAAUCAUAUGUCGAACGGUUUAUCAACCAAGCAGUCUAUCUCGUCUAUUAUUGAUCGAUCCCCUGAACCAGAGACAAGGGAAGCUCUGGCCUCUCUACCACCUUCUGAACCUGUUUCUCAGGGUCCUACACCAACCAUCGAGUCAACGGUGCCUGUUAAGCGGAAAUUCGAGUACUCACCCGAGAAAGAAAAUACAGAGCCGAAGGAAAGGUCUACACCUGAAUAA